CCCGAUAUACCCGUGCUUCACGAAUUGGACGUGUUAGAUUCAUCACGAAUACGCAUCCGUUGGCUUGCACCUCGUAUCCGGACAGAUCUGGAUAGCCUCUAUUCCACUGCAUCCCAGGAACUAGUGUACAGACAGUCAAGAGUAAAACACUUCCUUCUUCAGUGGGCACCGUUUCCCUUCACCGAAUGGCACGAGGCAAAGAUACCGGUCAAUGAGAAUGACUCCCCUCAACAUGUUUAUGAACAUGUUAUUGUUGGGUUGCUUUCUCGAACGGUGUAUAAGCUACGCCUGGGAGCGGUUGGAUCCCAGGGACUUGGUGCAGUCUUGGAUGUUGAGCCCGUGAUGACUAAAGGUCAAGUUCCUUCCGCACCACGGAACCUGCGAUUAAAUCAACUCAGGCGAGCUCUUCCUCCCGGUGUAAAAGAUCCGAAAGCAGCAUUCGCAGUUUUGGAGCUUGCAUGGGAUCCACCAGAAAGAAGUCAUGGUGAUCUUCGCGGCUACCAAGUUUCCCAUCGCCUGGUCGGACCACCAGAGGCAUUUUCUCCAGCCUCUUCGGACGGCGACGGUGGUUUAGCAGUUGAAGUAAAGCCACCUAAACCAAUCAGACGAAAUGUGACGCAAACUGCUUACACAUCCACAAUCUCGGAUGGAAUACAAUUUGGACGUGUGUACCAGUUUGAGGUUGCAGCAUUCAAUGGAGUGGAUUUGGGGCUGCCAGCGCAACUAAACGUCACAACACCCGAAGAAGUGCCCGAAUCUUAUCCACUGCAAGUUCGAUUGAGUGGUCUCUCAGCCACGGCUAUUGAAGUUACCUGGUCUCCGCCAAUUCAACCUCAGUGGGAGGGUGGAAUAACCAGCUAUCAGGUGCGGUAUUUUCAACCAAAUUCUCCCAAUACAACUGAAGUUAUCCGAACCACAACGGAACCAAGACUGGUCAUCGAACAUCUGAAGGAACGCACUUUCUACACAGUCAUGGUUCGAGUACUGACAAACAGUGGUCCUGGACCGUGGUCCAUGUCAAGCACUAUUCAGACAACGGCUGAACUUCCAGAACCACCUUCACAAAUAACUGGAGUUCGCAUCAACUUACGACAGAUCAAAGUGACAUGGGAUACAUUCCCCGUUACGCCAAAAUCCAAACGUGUUCCAAUUACUGGUUUCCGAAUAUAUUAUGCAAAAAACUCAAAUGAAGUGGAUUUGAGUACGUGGAAAAUUUUGGAUGUGGGGCCGGUCACCAUGGCGACACUAGACGUCGCAGAUCCAAACUCAGAAUAUUUGGUCAAAAUCAAGUCUCGUGGUGCAGACGGUCGGUAUGGUCGAGUGAGCGACCCGAUUUUAGUAGGCACUCACGUUCCAGAGGACACAUCACAGAUUGGUCGGGGCAUCUCUGGUGGUGAUAAAGGUCCUGGCAGUAAUCGUGCUAUCAGUCACCUAUCCUGUCACUGGAUUCCCGGUCUGGAAACUUCCAAACAAGGUGAAGCAAGUCUGAAAUUGUAUUGGCGACGUCCGGCCCAGUCGGAAGGACUUUAUCAGUUUCAGAUUCAGCUGCUGGGAAUCAAAUCGUACUCAGAUGAAACAAAUCAACCUCGUCGGGUAGUGUUUGAUCCAAGAAUACUGGAAGUUCCUUUGUCUAUGCUUAUUGAUUCGGAUUCGGAUCGUAGGUCCAUGGAUUAUUCACUUCCUUACCUUACCGGAACGGUGCCACAACAGCAACAGCAACAACAAUCAACACAACCACAAUACAGUUUGGUUAUCGACGAGCUGGCUGCCAACACUGCGUACGACGUCCAAAUCCGGCCGGUUUAUCGAACAUCCGCUGUGAGUUUAGAAGCUGAUACACUGAGUUGGACAGGACGAACAAGCUGUAGAACAAUGAUGCAGCCCCCAGUGCAUGUGCCAGCACCCAUACCGGUUGCGGCCAAACAACGGACUGGUCAAGUUGUCGUACGCGUAUUCAGAGUCAGUGAAAGUCUCGGGCGAAUCAGACGCUAUUACUUGAUUCUGAGCAAAACCUCUGCCCUGAUUGACUUUGACUCAACUCCGGUCGCCCAGGAGCUCUACUGGCUUAGCAAGCUUCGAGACACCCAGCAGUCUUGGGAUCCUGAUACAUUUAUUGCAGCCGAAUACAGUCAGGAGGUUUUUGAAGAGUCGCAAAUGGAGCUGCUUUUGAGCAAUCCAAACUACUCUCGCUACCGGCGCACCGCUGACAAACGAGUCACGCUAGAAAGAAACGACAGCGCAGCCACUCAGUCAGACGCGCCUAAUGCCAUCGAUCCUGAUGUACUUGUCUAUGGACGACAGUUAAUUAAGGACCAAGAGUACAAAGCAAGUUUA